UCAAAGCAAUAUCAACAAUUCUGCUUCUAAAAUAAUUUUCCUAUAUACCUCUUCUACUUUCCGCUUUUAUUCACAUACAUAUCCAUACUUUUGUAACUGCAAGAAUGGCUUCGCACGAGCAGCGCUACAGAGCUGGUGAAACCAAGGGCCAAACUCAGGAGAAGGUUGGUCAAACAAUGGAAAACAUCAAAGACAAGGCCCAAGCAGCAAAGGACAGGGCUUCUGAGACUGCACAGUCAGCCAAAGGAACCGCACAGGAUAAGACAGGCACAGCCAAAGAUAAGACAGGUGGAGCAGCUCAAGCAACCAAAGAUAAGACUUCAGGUGCAGCUCAAGCAACCAAAGACAAGACAAGUGGAGCAGCUCAGGCUACUAAGGAAAAGGCUAGUGGAGCAGCUCAGGCUACAAAAGAGAAGGCAUCAGAAAUGAUGGAGUCUGCCAAAGAAACGGCCCAAGCUGGUCAAGAGAAAACAGGUGGCAUGCUGCAAAAGACUGGAGAACAAGUGAAGAGCAUGGCUCAGGGUGCUGCGGAUGCUGUGAAGCACACUUUCGGCAUGGCGGAGACUGAGGAAGAUCCUCAUGCCACAAAGAACAGAGAACUUUAGAUUAGACUAGCCUUGUCUAGCAUUUCACUUGGAUCUCUUUGUUUCUUGAUGGAAUCAAGUACUCAUGUAUCUUUGUGUUCAGCUUGUUUUAAUUUUCCUUUGAAGUUUGCCUCCCGUCUGAGGAGAGAAAAGUUAGUAGUGUAAUAAUAAAAGGUUUC